GAGAACUUUAUAUACACAAACAAGCUGCGAGUUCCUCCCGCCAUCAUCACGUGCCGACGCCCCUUUCGAACGCUUAGAUAACUGCCCCUUAACUACGACAUAGAGUUUCGACAACUUGGACAGUUAUGGCCGAGGCGCUGUGGUAUAAUGAGCCAGCCAAGGCGUGGAGUAUGGGGCUUCCAAUCGGGAAUGGCAGAAUUGGUGCCGUUGUACUGUCGGAAAUCGACAAGGAAACCUGGAGCUUCAAUGAAAUAUCUUUUUGGUCGGGCCGGUCUGAGCCAUCACCCAAGGCUUAUGGCGGCAAAGCUGCAAUCAAGGAAAUCCAAGCCCGAUAUCUUGGUGGUGACUUCACCGGUGGGAAGCUGCUAGCUGAGCAGUAUCUGCAACCCCCGAAGAAGAAUUACGGCACAAAUCUGACUGUUGCCAAAAUAAAUCUAGCUUUCGAUCAGUCAUCAGCCGCAAUUAGUAACUUCAGACGAGAACUUAGUCUAGACGAAGCUGUUGCAAGUGCUCAAUACAUGGUUGGCGACCAUAACUACCGUCGGGAAACACUCGUUUCCAAUUGCCACCAGAUCCUUGUGUCCCAAAUCAGCACCGAUUCAUCCCAAGGCAUAUCACUGACCCUCUCGAUUUCAAGUGAGAAUUCUGAUUUCACCGUGGCGAGUAUGGGAAAUGCUCUCGAAUUUCAGGCUCAUGCACUUGAGAGUGCCCACAGCGAUGGAAAAUGCGGGGUACGAGGUCGAGGAAUUGUCAAAAUCACAGCGCCGGGGGGUUCAAUACAGGUCAACAAUGAAAAGUUGAUGGUAAAGGAUGCGAAAUCCAUUCUUGUUUUUUUGACAUUCAACACCGAUUUCAGACAGGCCAACAACAACUGGAUGUCACUGGCUUUGGCGCAACUCAAACAUGCACAAUCAUAUACCUACGAACAACUCAAAACAGAUCACAUGAACGACCACCAGAGUUUGUACCGUCGAGUCAGCAUCAAUCUUGGAAGCAAUGAACGCGCAGCAUUGCCUACGAAUGAGAGGCAAUCCAGGUUUAAGGAAGCUGGGUUUGAUGACCCAAGCCUCUUCGCUUUAUAUUUCCAAUACGGUCGAUAUCUUACAAUUUCAGGCACGCGUGCCAACUCCCCUUUGCCUCUCCACUUGCAAGGACUUUGGAAUGAUGGCGAAGCAAGUAAGAUGAACUGGAGCUGCGAUUACCACCUGGACAUCAACACCCAGAUGAACUACUUUCCUACAGAGAUGGCUAAUCUUAGUGAGUGUCACGCCCCUCUUAUUGAUUAUAUUGAGACUCUCGCCCAAGACGGGAAGACAACAGCAAAACAGUUUUACGGCAGCCCAGGAUGGGUUGCGCACGUAUUCUCGAAUGUGUGGGGAUUCACAGAUCCUGGAUGGGAAGUUAGCUGGGGUCUGAAUGUCACUGGGGGUUUAUGGAUUGCCUCGCAUAUGAUCGAACAUUUCGAGUACACGCAAGAUAAAACGUUUUUAUCUGAAAUAGCUUUCCCAAUCCUGAAGAAGUCGGCAGAGUUUUACUUGGACUACAUGACUGUCGAGCCGAUUAGCCGCUGUCUCGUUACAGGGCCAUCUGUGUCACCCGAGAACAGCUUCUUCACCGGAGAUGCUAAGGAUGGCGAGCAGCAGCUCUCCCUUGGCCCCACAAUCGAUACGAUCCUCAUCCGUGAUCUCUUCAAAUUCUUGAUCAAGGCUGGAAGUCAAUUGAAUACGGAUGCUGGAUUUUGCUCUCGGCUGAAGGAUGCUCUCACAAAGCUUCCCCCCUUCAAGAUCGGGAAGAAAGGACAGCUGCAAGAGUGGCUAGAGGAUUGCGAAGAGUCACAACCCGACCACCGCCAUCUUUCACAUACAAUUGCUUUGUGCAGAAGUGACCAGAUCACGCCUCGUCAUUCUCCCGCACUCGCAGAGUCAAUCAGAGUAACUCUCGCGAACCGACAAGCUCGCGCAGAUCUGGAAGACAUUGAGUUCACCGCUGCAUUGUUCGGACUCAACUUCGCACGUCUCAAUGAGGGCGACAGUGCCCUCGAGCAUGUUGGCCAUUUGAUUGGGGAGCUCUGUUUCGAGAACUUGCUUUCGUACUCCAAAGCCGGAGUUGCUGGGGCUGAGAGCAGCAUCUUUGUGAUCGACGGUAAUUUUGGGGGGGCAGCGGUGGUGGGUGAGAUGCUCUUGAGAAGCAGUGAUAGCGAGAUAGAUCUGCUUCCUGCUCUCCCCUUGAAGUGGCCUUCUGGUUUUGUCCGAGGACUUCGGGCGAGAGGCAAUCUGGAAUUUGAUAUCAAGUGGGAAGAUGGAAAUUUGACGCUGGUGACAUUGAAGGCUUUCUCACCGGGCCGUGUGACAUUAUACUACAAAAAUUAUCAGGUUCACUUGUCCUUUUACAGUUUGGAGGUCAUUUGGUUGAGCAAUUCUCUGGAGUUACUCUCAAAGGCAUAAUUCAAGAAGCAAACUUUGAAGUUGGCGGAAG